AGGCGACCUGCGCUACUAUGAGAACAUGAAUUUGGUGUUCCAUGUAGCCCAGGAGAGUCCGAAUCACCAUGCAUUGCUGCGCUUGUUUUGUGAUGGUUUCGCUGCCCAGUGCUGGCGGCCCUAGUUUACAGAAUGUGGCCGGUGCUGUGAGUGGAAUGUGGGUACCUAGAUUAGAAACAAAACUCUGCGUCAAGAUGUAUUGAAAAAGAAAGAAAGUGCUUGGAAAUGUUUGAAGCUGCUGUAUUCGUGACACCUGCAAGGUGCAUUUUCCUGGUGAAUCAAAUUGAGCCAAGAGUGCGGAUGCUUCUCUCACGAUUCUUGUAAACACUGCAAACGCUGCCAUCAGUGAACCAGAAACAUUCAGGUUGCCAGAAGAACCGGACAUACCAGUGUCUCUAAGCAGGCUCCAAAUCGCGUUGAGUGAUCAAGUUAGCUCAUCAACCCACAUCAUAAAAGAUCAAGCACUGACGUAGACCCUCCUGCAUUUUCGACUUCCGAAUACUCUUGGCGGUGCUCGAACAGCCAGAAUACUGAUUGGUGGUUAUUUGCACCACCCCCCAAUCUCAACAUUAAACCUGAUCAUUUGUUUGGCCCCAGCUGCAAAAGUUUGAUUUCAAAGGCCCCGCUUGAAGCCUUCUCAGUUCACCAAGCUUCCCCUAUGGCGCAUCCAAUGCAUCCCGUCCCGGGGCGCACAAUGUGUCAAGUCCUGCAGAUCAUGCUCCUGGCCGUUCUACUUGACACAAAAGUGGUGAAAGUUGCCGCAGUCUGCAACCGGAGCCACCCGCUGGUGGGGUUUCAGGGACCGCUCAGCUCCAGGGAGCACGGGGUUGGCGGUCUGAUCACGAUCAUCGACGACUGCACUUUUGUGGCCCAGAGGUUCAACUAUGAUGGCCAGGCGCCGGCGGCUUAUUGGUGGGCAGCCCCCGGGGCGUCCGACACGACCCUGACGCUGCGCCGGACGGGUUUCGCAAUCAGCGAAGAACUGCCGAGAGAGAGACAGAGACAGACAACCCUUGUUCAGACGCUCCCUGAGAGCAUCACAUGGAACAACAUCGGAGUGCUCUCCGUCUGGUGCGUCGAUUUCAACGCGAACUUUGGAAGUGUGGUGCUCCGGAUCCCUGCCCCAGACGCUGCGUCGUCCCCUCAAGUAGAAGCAGUACGGCAAGCAGUGGGGCUGACUGAGCUUCCGACAACCGGUUCUACUUUGGCGGCUCCCACGACAAACGCCACUGUAUCAGGUGCCCCCGUCAUGAACGCGUCAGCGGCGUGCGGCACUUCGUCGCCAUUUGUGGGUUACCAAGCCCAGCUGAGCACCAUCUUCCAUGACGUGGCGGGACUGCUCACGGUAAUCGACGACUGCACGCUCGUCGUCCAGAACUUCACGUUCGACGGGAGUGCCCCGGCCACAUAUUUCUGGGGCGCCCCCGGCUCCUCCCAGGACCCCAUCAGCCUGCGUGCCCCCCGCGGGUUCCGCUUAACCGACCAGCGGUUGACCCGUUCUGAGUCGGUGACCGUCCAGGUUAACCUCAAAGACAACCUGACAUUUGCCGGGUCAGGGAUUGGCGUGGUUUCCGUGUGGUGUGAAGAGGCAACGGCCAACUUGGGGAGUGUCGCAUUGCAGCCUGCCGCCCCUGGCGCUGCCGAUUCCGCCCCCGUUGCGAUGGCCCGCCUGGCUGGAAAGAUGGGGCUCCAGAUCGGAACUCCACGAGCCGUUCCGUCCGCUUCCGUUGCUCCGGCUCCGGCCCCUUCCGCCGGAACCACACUCCUGGACGGCUUCCAGAACUGCGAGACGCUCGCGAGUGGGCGUUUUAACCUCUACUGGACGCUCGACAACGCCACGUCAUCCGUGACGUACGCCCUCGAGGGCGCCUUCGCGCCAGGCAGCUGGAUGGGCUUCGGCUUCGCCUCCCCCAACGCGACACGUGUCCAGAUGGUGGGCGCUGACGUCACCGUCGCGUCAGCCGGCACGAUCGGCGGCAUGGACGGGGGUUUCGCCCAGGACUAUUUCCUGACCGCCCAAGUGCAGUGCAAUUUUCAGUCGGGGCAGUCCACCGGGGUGUGCCCCGACCAGGGGCUCGGAGGGGGGGAUCCCUCGCUGAACAACGUGCAGCUGCUGGGUUACGAGGUGGAUAGCGGAGUGACCACAGUGCUUUACCGGCGGCCGCUGAGCACAAGUGACACGCGGUUUGACCACAACCUGACAGCUGUCCAAAACCGGAUUGCCAUCUUUGCCGCGGGGCCCCUCUCCGAAGCCUCCACGCUCGCGCUUCCGAUUCCGCUCUACCAUGAGAACCGGCAGGGUUACGUUAACUCGGGCCUGGUUAUCAACUUGGCGAGGCCCGGAGUGCUGAACUGCACGCGGCUGGCAGGGAGCACUGCACCUGCCCCGGUUGAGGCAAAGGUUCCGGUGGGGGUUAUCCAAGGUGCCACUGUCCUCAACAUCACCACCGGGCUCAACCCGAACUACCCCAACCCGCCCGCAUGGGGGAUCAGCUUGUACAUCAACGGGAAAGAGUCGCCCGUCCUAGUUGUCGUCCGGGGGGUGGAGUACACGUUCAACAUCAUGGCGACCGAGGAACACCCCGUCUACAUCACAGACGAUGUCACCGGAGGAACGGCGAACACGCUAGAGACAAUCUACGCUGGCGGGCUCUUCUCGUAUGGAAACGAGACGGCGCCAUAUACUUUCAAGUGGACACCGAACGCUACUGUCCCCUCGACGCUCUAUUAUCAGUGCUUCGUCCACCAGAAACUAGGGUGGAAGAUCCAAGUCCAAGAUACGAACGCCACGGUUGCCGAUCCUUCGACCGUUGCCGCCGGCAGCAGCGCCGCCGUUACCGCCCCGACCAACGCCUCAGCCUGCCCUCCCGUCCCCUUCAAAUCCAACGUCCUCAAUUUCGCCACGUGUACGACCUUCCCCGGCGGAGGACAGCUGUCGUGGACUCUCAGCGAGAGCAACUUCCUGCGAGCGGCGUACUCUUUACAGCACGACGGGUGGAUCGGUUUCGGACUAUCGCCGUUGGGCCAAAUGGUGGGCUCGUCCGCGGUGGUCGGGUUCCGCGCGCCCAACGGAACUGCGCUCGCGAGCACGUACUACCUGAGCGCGCAGACGGAGGCCGGGGUACGCCCGCCGGGGAGAUUUGACGUUCGCAGCGUGGAAGCUGACUUCAGCAAUGGCGUCAUGGUCGUCUCCUUCUCCGCCCAGCUGGCGCCAGAAGAGGCGGGCGGAUACGGUAUCGUGUAUUCCAGGGGCGCCAGCGGGGACGCCAACACGCUAUCGCUCACCCAGCAUAAUCCGGGGGAUGGCCGCGUGGGAAGCCUCGACUUCAGACUUGGCACGAGCAGCGUCAAGGGAACGGACCAGAAGAUGAGAAACGCGCACGGCUGGAUCAACGCCAUCUCCUGGGGCUUCCUUCUCCCCUUGGGGGUCCUCACCGCCCGUUACUUCAAAGCCCACGACCCGCUUUGGUUUCACAUUCACCGGGCGGUUCAGGCGACCGGUUUCCUGCUCGGGUUAUCCGGCUUUUUCGUCGGGGUAGCGCUCGCGGAGCGCGCGCCGGGCCAGCUGACGUCAGACGCGAAGCGCCACUACGGCGUCGGCAUUGCCAUUUUCGCGUCGGCGUGCGUGCAGGUGUCCUCGCUGUUCUACCACCCGGAGCCCAACACGAAGCUCCGCCCGGUGUGGGCCUUUUUACACCACUGGCUGGGCCGGGCCAUCAUUACACUGUCUAUCAUCAACAUCUACUUUGGCCUGCACCUCCUCAAGCCCAAGAAGGAGUACACCAUAGCGUAUACCGUGAUCAUAUCGGGUAUCGGUGCGGCCGCGGUCCUGCUCGAGACGAGGCUCCAGCUCAGCAACUGCAAGGGCACCGGCGAAGUCCCCCGGGCAAAGAAAGCGAAGGACGACACCGAGAAACCGCCGCACUCGGACCCGGGGGCAGUGUGACCGGGGCAUGGUCGGGAUCUACGGGUCGAAGACUCAAACUGUGUACAGUAGUAUUCGCUGCUAUUGCAGCUGACGUCCUGCGUCGUUUUGGACAUUUAGAGCGAUCGCGAACAAAGAGGAUUGUCCCUGCUUGCCUCGUUGUUUUGUUGUACAUUGUUUAUGCCUGACCGUUAAGUGCUCACGGAUUGAAGGCCCCGACGGACUUGGCAAAACUUUAACGUUAGAGCUCGAGAAGAGAAUUCUUCCUUUCUAAUCGCUCGUAAGGUCGAUUCAAUAACAUGUCACACUGGCAUCUGUACAAUAGAUCUGGUUUUAAAGAAGCCCACGGAAACGAUACACUUCCUGCUUAAUUGCCAGCUUGUAGCACUAUGGUUAGCUAAAUUCUGGCAUUACAAAACAAUCGCGUGCAUUGUGAUUGAACUAGCGUAAAUACAACUUAUCUCACCCGAAAUUCAUGCACGUGCUUCAAAUUAAGCCCGCGGAACAGAAUAAUUGAAG